AUGACUGUACUAUUUCGCCCGUGUUCUCGCUGCAUUGCCCAAGCAGCGACCGGCUAUGGUGCUCGACUCGGAACCACCUCGCGGAGCUUCUCUUCGUCAUCCAAGAGAUUGAGCUCACCACCAGCCGACCCAAAGGCGAUCGCCGAAGCGUUUCUGUCCAAGUUCUCCAAGGGCCAAACAUUUGUGCGAAGUCAGCUGCUGGACGCGAACCAGAUCCGCCUCUUCUCACUCACUCUCAAUCGACCACAUCUAUGGCCCACAAGCUCCGUAUCGUCGGUUAAGACGCUCGAGGAGGCCGAGCCUGUCCAGGGAACUCCCAUACCGCCAGCUUAUCAUCUAUGCUACUUUACACCAGCUCAACUACCUGGAAUAUUGGGACUCGAUGGCACGGAUGCGAGUUUCAACCCGGACCCCCCCUUCACGCGACGCAUGUGGGCGGGCGGAUCAUGUCAUUGGCCCGGUGCCGACCCUAAUUCACGCCACCAGGCACUCUUGGUGGUGGGUGACACCGUCACUGAGGUCACUAGGGUCUUGAGCUGCGAGCCCAAAGUCAUUAGCAAGACGGGGGAGAGCAUGCUCGUGGUGGGCGUGGAGAAGGAAUUCCGCAAUGGGAAAGAUGAGCUGUGCGUCCUGGACCGGAGGAAUUGGGUCUUUCGCAUAGCUCUCGAUCCCUCCAAAAGUGCUCCUCUAGUUCCUAAGCCGAAGGAAUUGUCGCAGGCAGACCUUGACAAGAGCGUCGAGGGAAAACUAUGGCGGGAAUAUAGCCGCGACGAAGCAAUGCUGUUCCGAUUCUCGGCAUUGACAUUCAACGCCCACAGGAUUCACUACGAUAAGCCCUGGGCAACAGAGGUGGAGGGCCACAGGAAUGUGGUUGUCCACGGUCCGAUGAAUCUGAUUGCCAUGUUGGAUCUUUGGCGAGAUGAGGCCAGUGUCUUUCGAGGUGUGGGUGAAGGGUCAAUGCAGGACGACCAGGUUGUAUAUUAUCCGCAAAAGAUCGAUUACCGGGCGACGAGCCCUGUAUACGCCAAGGAGCCCUACCGGGUAUUGAUGAACAAGGAAGCGGUGGAAAAGAAAGAGGCAGAGACAAGGGUGGUGAGUAACGACGGAACGGUGUGCAUGAAGGGGACGGUGACGGAUUGGUCUUUGAGCAAGUAG